AUGGCGGGCGAUCGGGAUGGGCGAGGCAGGCUUGCUCUCGCAGCCCUUCCCCAGUGGUCGGCUUGGGGGGGCGAAGAAGCCAGCCAGUCAUCGAACCUUGCCAACCAUCAUCGUCAUCGGCCUCGUGCCGCAUUGCAUCUCCAGGGGCAAAGUCACACCCGCCAUCCUGCCCGCUAUUCCCCCGCAGCUCCGUCCCCUCCCCUGACUCGGCGACCUUCGCACCAGUCAGCGCCCCCCUUCAUCUGUUGCAUCUCGCUUUCUCCGGACCGCGAAGCCGACCUGCCGAGUCCGCGCUCCCCAAGUACCUACCUACCAACCCAACAACCAACCCUUCCCCCCCUUCACGUCCUGUGCUUCUCCGUAAACAAAAGGAGUGAGAAUUCUUCUCCUUCGUGCAUAACUUGGCACAGGACUUGUACAAGUAAAGUGGCCGGCACAAAAGCUUGA